UAAAAGAAUUCAUCAACAUCUAGGUUUGUACUCUCAUCUUACAUCUAUCUAUAAUAUUGCCUUCUUUUUUGAGGUUCCACACCACAAACAACAUUGUUAGCAGAGAGUAAGAACAAUGGUUGUUCAAGAACCUCAAAAUCUGCUACAUGUUGGUAAUGGUGAUGUUCUUGUUGAUGAUGAAAAAAAACACCACCAUACAAGUUUUGAUCCAAGUGCUCCUCCACCAUUUAAGAUUGCAGAGGUUCGUGCCGCGAUUCCGAAACACUGUUGGGUUAAGAAUCCAUGGAUUUCUCUUAGUUAUCUUCUUAGAGACAUUUUCAUUGUCACUGCAUUGGUAGCUGCUGCAAUUCAUUUCAAUAAUUGGAUCUUUUGGCCAAUUUAUUGGAUUUCUCAAGGAACUAUGUUUUGGGCUCUUUUUGUUCUUGGACAUGAUUGUGGCCAUGGAAGCUUUUCAAAUAGUGUUAAGCUGAAUAGUUUUGUGGGCCAUAUCUUGCAUUCUUCGAUUCUUGUUCCAUAUCAUGGAUGGAGAAUCAGCCAUAGAACUCAUCAUCAAAAUCAUGGUCAUGUUGAGAAAGAUGAAUCCUGGGUUCCUUUGACAGAGAAGAUGUACAAGAGUUUAGACAACAUGACAAAAACAAUGAGAUUUACUUUUCCUUUUCCAAUCUUUGCAUACCCUUUUUAUUUGUGGAACAGAAGUCCUGGUAAAGAAGGUUCACAUUUCAAUCCAUAUAGCAAAUUGUUCACACCAAGUGAGAGAAAAGAUGUGUUAACUUCAACAUUUUGUUGGGGUAUCAUGUUUUGUGGGCUUGUUUAUUUAUCCUUAAUAAAGGGUCCUUUUUUUAUGCUCAAAAUCUAUGGAGUUCCUUAUUGGAUCUUUAUCAUGUGGUUGGACUUUGUCACAUAUAUGCAUCACCAUGGUUACUCUCAGAAACUACCUUGGUAUCGUGGCAAGGAAUGGGACUAUCUAAGAGGUGGUUUAACGACCGUGGAUCGUGACUAUGGUUGGGUUAACAACAUUCACCAUGACAUUGGCACACAUGUUAUUCAUCAUCUUUUUCCUCAAAUUCCACAUUAUCAUUUGAUUGAAGCGACAGAAGCAGCAAAGCCAGUGCUAGGAAAAUAUUAUCGUGAGCCAGAGAAAUCUGGGGCAGUCCCAUUCCAUCUCUUUAAGUACUUUCUACACAGCAUGAAUCAGGACCACUUCGUCAGUGAUUCUGGAGACAUUGUUUUCUACCAAACAGACCCUAAGCUCCAUAAUAAUUCUUGGACCAAGUCUGAGUAACAUUCAUUCUCAACUCAACCACUCUAUUACUUCUUAGCUUUUUACUAUACCUAAUCCAAUUAUCUCAAUUUAUUGUAUUACAUUUUACUUAUCAACCAUUCCUUUAGAAAUGUACCUUAUAAUAUUUAUCAAUAAUUCAUCCGUUUUUUGAGUGAUUUA